AGAGGUUUUUGGAAAAACAUCAUUACUCUGACAGCGUCGGUACGUGAGGUCACUUACCAAAGACAAUAUGUGGAAGGGUAUAGCUUUAAUUGCCGCUCUGGCAUCAGUGAAGUGCAAUCCGGUAAAAGAAAAUGGCAUCGCUGAAAAUUUUGUGGGUGCCGUCUCCGAGUGUAUUGAUAGAGAUACCUCACUGUGUUUAAAGGAAAAAGCCCUCAAAUUUGCUGAAAGGUUAGCCGUCACAAAAGAUGUAAACCUCUUCGAAGGCAUUAGCUUGAUCAACACAGGAUCGGCGCGGUCAGCCCGAAGCUACGAACCCUUAGCUGAAGAUCCGAAGACCAGAGAAGUGCAGCUUGAUGAGCGGAUAGUCAAUAAUGUUGGCGACUUCUUUGACAGUCACGUACUGCAGUUACGCCUGUCUGAGCCAGAAAAUGAGUCUCGGGAUUUGGAUGAAGAAGCUCGUGGUAAAAAGAAGAAAAAAAUCAAGCAACUCCUGCCUCUCCUUCUCCUUUUGAAGUUGAAGUUAGCAGCUCUGAUUCCUCUGUUCUUGGGAAUAAUCGCCUUCGUCGCAGUCAAGGCAGUGUUCCUUGGAAAGAUCGCCUUCGCGAUGAACGCGUUCAACCUCAUCAGAAGAUUGCUAUCAAAGAAUCAGUCUUCAGGUUCUACUAUCAGUAUUACCCCACAUCAUCAUGACGAGCACCCUGGCUACAACUAUGAACCAGCUCAAGGCUGGAGCAGACAGGCAAGUGAUGCCCAAUCAAUGGCGUAUGCUGGUCAACUAUAGACUGUCAGUAUUAUUGAGCGUGUAUGCAGUGUGUGUUGUGUUUGUGUAUUAUUUAUUAAUGAUGUCGCAUGAGUACCUCCGGUUAUUUAUUAAACGUAUAAUUAUUUAAAUAAUAAAAAUAAUUUCAUUUA